AUCAAAUUUACUUCUAUCUUGCAAAGGAGGUUUUUUGACCUUUCCCUUAGGUUUCUCUUGUUGGAGUCUGAUUAUUUUCUCUUUUUUAUAUUACAUUUUUAGGGGUACUGCUACCGUUCUGCAUUAGAUAAUGAGGCUUUAUUUAGAUUUGGGAAUCUUCAUUUAGGUUCUGAGGACUUGUUAUAUAUUCUUAAAUUAUUGGUCGUGGGAAUUAUGGGUGCUCGACCCCUAAGAAGGCUCUCUUGAUGAAGACAGAGUCGAAUAUGUUGUUGAUGAGCCUGGGUAAUCAGAAGAGGCUGGAGCAUUCAACUGGAGUUCAUCAUCAGCUUGAUGAUAUACUAACUGAAAGUGUUGUUGAUUCUUUACUUAUGUCUUCCUUGUUAACCUUGAAACUAAUAUCUAUGGGUCAGGUAGCAGAUUUUGGGCUUGCACGGUUAGCUAUGGACGCUGCAACACAUGUCACAACACGAGUAAUGGGGACUUUUGGAUAUUUGGCUCCAGAGUAUGCAUCAAGUGGCAAGUUGGCCGAGAGGCCUGGUGUUUAUUCUUUUGGUGUUGUACUUUUGGAGCUUAUAACUGGGAGAAAGCUUAUGGUGGUCAGAUUCUAUUUACAUGUUUCCUUAUUACGUUCUUCACCACAGGAAUUUUGAUAGUAAAGAAUGCUCGCAUCUUGCCCUUUCUGUCAUAAUGCUUGCAUCUUGCCCUUUCUGUCAUAUAGUGUAUGCAUCAGCUAAGUGUAUCUUUCUAAUAGAUUUUUUAAAAAUUUAUGAAGCAUAUAUCUUCUCUAUCACUUGAACAGUUUGGUCAUUGAUAUUACAUGUAAAUAAAUCACACAGGCCAAUAUUGGAUGAGGUGGUAA